GUCUUCAUUGAGUCGCUAUUUCGCAAUCACAUCAAUUCAACGUGAAUGCUGUCAAUUGUUAUCAUAGCUCCGCAAUUUGAUCGCAACAAACACAAGAAUAAUUCUGAAAACGUUCAUUUUCACAUUUAAUUUUCGGGAAAUUCCAUUUGUUUGUGUAUAAAUUGUAUUUACCUGCACAAAAAGUCAUCGAUUUGUCCGUGUUCUUCGCAUUGUUUCCUCUGAAAAUAUUGAUGAAAGACCCUCACUGAAAGAUGAAUCAUCGUAAGAAGACCGUCAGUCAAAAGCGACAACAAGAAGAAACCAACACACCGGUGAACAAACGCUUCAAGUUGUCCGAAACCGUGUCUGCUGACGUGAAAACAAAUGAACGUUCAUCGAACCAAACGGCCCAACAGCCGAUGAAGAUCUAUUACACACGAUUGCGACGGCGUAUGGAAGAGAAGUUGGCAAAGCUUAAUCCACAGCCCAUCAUUUGCACCACAAAGCUGACAGACGUCAAUGCGGAUUGCCUCGAACACAUUUUCAAGCAUCUAAGCCUCAUAGAUCUUUUGAAUGUUGCCGACUCCAACAAACAAUUGAAACCGGCGGCGGAUUUGGUAUUCGCGAGCCAAUAUGGGAAACGCUCGAUGAACAUCGAUGUGGAACGCAAGACUGUGGAUUUACGUGGAGAGGACACAGAUUUGCUAACAGCUAAAAUUCUAUGGUCGUUCCGUUUCAAGUUGUUACGCUGCUUUGGUCACUUGAUCACAGAAUUGAAGAUUGUUCAUGUACGGUCACAUGGGCCAUCACAAAAGGAUUCAAAAUGUGCCGCGGAAAUUGAUCGUUAUGUCAACGAAUACUGUGCCGAUUCACUGGUGGAAAUCGAAUUUGAAAACUGCAACGCAAGCACACUGGACGAUCUUAAGAAGCCGUUCAGUAAAGUCGAAACACUUUAUAUUAUUGGCUGCGAAUUGGGAAGCAAGCUGUCGGAACUCGAUAAAUGGUUCCCAAAAGUGCGACGCUUGGGAUUUUUGAGUGCAAACGAAUUAUUAUCAGGCUGCAACUACAUCGCUGUUCGUUUCCUCGAACUUCAACAUUUGAGUCUGUACCUUCCAUUCGAUGAAAAGAACAGUUUGAGCAAGAAAUAUUUUGCUGGGCUCUUGCGCCUAAAUCCAAACCUACGAAGCUUGUACAUCUCUGGCUACUUUGAUGCCGAAUACCUUCAAAGCGUUAGCAAACAUCUACUGCACCUGGAAUGCUUUGAAAUCUGUCCAUUUGGACACUUCUCGAGUAUUGGAAACGAUCCCGUGCACUUUCCAAAUGUGAAGAAGCUCAAGUUACAAAAUUUGCCACACGGCAUUGGAAAAGAUACCUUUCAUUUUCCAAAUGUGGAACAUCUCUUACUACGAAAUGUGGCGCUUGAACACCUUCCACUGACAUUCGACAAACUUAAAGUAUUCGAACCCGAAUCAAUUGCUAUGGACCAUACAUUGGCUAAUUUCAUCAGAAAGCACAAAACAAUUAUCAAGUUGAACUAUUCGGGUUACAAACGUGGCAAAGCGGGUGCAUUAUUGAAGAUCGCAUCGCCAGCAUUAGUUGAAGUCAAAUUUGGACAUUGUGCUUUCCCGACCGAUGAAGUGGUGCCAUUUAUGGAAGAAUGCACAUCGAUGAAGAAGCUUAUACUUGGAUUCGCUAACGAAAACGAUUACCAGACUGUGCAGAAGCAAUUGGGUAAAGAAUGGCGUGGAACCGAGAAGGGAUACUGUUGUAUGUACGAGGUUACGAUGGAACGUUGAAUAAGUCGACUUCAUCAAAUCACCAUAGCCAAACGGCCAACAUUCACAUUUUGAUUGGGGCCGAAUUAAACUGAUGUAAAAUACAUUCAAAAAGAUACAAAAGAAAUAAGUCAUGUACUCUAAGCAUAAAGUACAUACAACCAUGAAACUUGAAUAACUGCGUCAAGUUGAAAUGUUGAGCCACGCAAACAAACAAUUCAAAGUUUCUCUUGACUUCAAGAGAGAAAGCAACACAUUUAUUCCUAUUAUUUCUUUUGUCCGCAAAUCAAUUUCCAUUUUCUCACGUUUUUCUUUCAAACAUACCAUUAAUACUUAGUUUCAGUUUUCAUAGAUUAGUUUUUGAUUAUCAGUAGCUUCAAUGCAACAAGCUUCAGUUGCAUUAUAAUCGUAAUUUGUGCAACCGAUUUUUCUGAAAAUGAAUCAACCAUCAAAGUUACUAUGUCAAACCACAAAAACUUAAUUUCAAACAUUGGAAUAAAAUGAUCAAUCAAUAAAAUAAAA